GAGCUCUCCUCUCUUGCGUGCAGUGAGCCAACCCACGACGUCGGAUGAGACGGUGGUGGCUGGUGGCACAGUGGUGCUCAAGUGCCAGGUGGAGGACCCUGAUGACUCCUCGCUGCAGUGGUCCAACCCUGCCCAGCAGACCCUCUACUUUGGGGAGAAACGAGCCCUACGAGACAACAGGAUCCAGCUGGAGAGGUCCACACCCAACGAGCUGACCAUCAGCAUCAGCGACGUGGUGCUGUCGGAUGAGGGGGAAUACACCUGCUCCAUCUUCACCAUGCCCGUGCGGACCGCCAAGGCCCUCGUCACCGUGCUGGGAAUCCCCCAGAAACCCCAAAUCUUUGGCCACGAGCAGCCCAUCGACGAGGAGAAAAUCGCCCGGCUCACGUGCCGGUCCUCCGGCAGCAAACCUGCAGCGCAGCUCCGGUGGAAGAAGGGCAACAAAGAGCUGAAGGCUGAGGGCACCGAGGUGGUGGAGGACUCCAAUGGGAAGACCUUCACCGUCAGCAGCCGGGUGGAAUUCCGUGUCACCAAGGAGGACAAUGACGCCGAGGUGACCUGCACCGUGGACCACGAGUCCUUGCAGAACUCCGAGAGGUCAACCACACAGAAGCUGCAGGUCCACUACAAACCAACAGCGAAGAUCGAACCGCACCCGCAGUACCCAAGGGAAGGAGAGAAGCUGCAGCUGCAGUGUGACGGGCAAGGCAACCCCGUCCCCCAGGAGUUCCUAUGGGAGAAGGAGGGCAGUGAUGCUCCGCUGCAGCUGAGCUCCGACAGCAUCCUCAUCUUCCCCUUCCUCAACAAGAGCGACAGCGGCACCUACAUCUGCACGGCCACCAGCUCCAUGGGCAGCGUCAUCGCCAAGUACAACCUGGACGUCAGCGAUCCUUCCCAGCUCCCCACCCCACACGUUCACUCCACUCCAGCCCCUCCGCCAGGCCCUUCCCAGCCCAUCUCUCAUGCUUCCAUGGCCACCGCUUCAUCCUCCAGCUCCCAUCCAAGGUACCACGCCAGUCCGGUGCCGUCGACUUCCAGCACUUACCACGCGGUCAUCGGCGGAGUGGUGGCCGUCAUCGUCUUCCUGCUGCUCAGCCUCCUCAUCGUGCUGGGACAUUACCUGAUCAGGCACAAAGGUGUGUGCAUAAGACACGGGGAGACCAUCACCGCCAGACCGCAGCAAAACCCACCCGAGGUGGUGAUGUGCACCUACCUGACCCACGAGGCCAAGGGCUCCGAUGACGCUCCGGAUGCCGACACGGCCAUCAUCAACGCGGAGGGCGGCCAAGCGGGCGGCGACGACAAGAAGGAAUAUUUCAUCUAAAGGGCGUCGGAGAGGGUGAGAAAUGGAGCCAGCGAACCCCGAUGGAAACGGAAACCAGACCACAAACCCCACUCAACCCAACAGAUUUACUCUCGUGCCCGGCACGGGCGGACGGAUGGACGGACGGACGGAGGGAUGGCGGGACAGAGAGCAGAGAGCGACCGGCUGAGACGUGAUGAUGCUUCUUGUUGAACUUGUACAAAACGUUGUUACUACGAACAGCGAAAGCCCCGUUUGCUUGCUUGCACCUCCAACCCCGCGCCCGGCGCUCGCGCGAAACACAGACCAAGCAGUGAGUGAGCGACGUUCCUUCUUCCUUCGGACCUUUGCUUCGGUUUCGUGGCUGCUCUUUGCUUUGGGCCCUCGGUUGGGGUGUCGGGCUGGGGUCGAUGUAGCUCUUUUCCUUUCGUUUCUCUUCCGUUUUGGGUUUUCGUUUUUGAUGCCCGAGGAUAAAAUCAGCUCCGGGCUCUGCGUCGUCGGUGCUCCCACCGAGAGCUGGGACGCCCCCGUCGUCCCCGGUCCGUAGGGAUGGGGUUUGCUGUGGACCCCGCAUCCCUGCCCUGAUUUUAUCCUUGCUGCUCCUCAUCCGACAGCGUCUGCUGGGGAGGCGAGCUGCCCUCGUGCCGGCGGUGUGUGAAGGGGCUGAGAUUCCAGGGUGGGAACUGCAGAAGCCUCCGGAGAUGCUGGGAGCUGCCGGGCACCGCGGCCGCCCCCAUUCCCAUCCAGUGGGAGGAGGGGGGAGGGCAGGGUUUGUGGGAGGCGAAUCGAGGGGGGGGAAAAAAGAAAAGUGAACGAAAAAGCCCCAGUUUGCAAAUUCCCAGAUUGGAGACGUCAAUUCAAACCAUCUAUUGAGAUGUUCAGUGCUGGGCCAUCGCCAACACCUCCUCGGUGGCCCCCAGGAGCCUCCAGAACGGUGUUUUGGGUCCUGAGAGUGACUUGUGGUGCAGUGGAGUCGGCCCGAUCCGUGCCGCACGCCAGGACCAGCAGCUCUGCACCCCAGCAGCGAUGUGAUCUGUGGGUUCCCUGCUCCACGUGCUCCUCAGGGCUGCCCCUGUCCUUCCCGGCCCCUUCCUGUGGUUGGUGCUGAGCUGGAAGAGGCCUCGUUGGCUCCAAGGGUGGCCCAAAAACGUUUGGGUUUUGUAUCCUGGUGGCUUGGGGUCUCCAAAGAGGUCUGGUGGGCGCUUGCCCAACCUCCAACCUGGGGAGAAACCACAUCUCUUCCAAGCCAGAUGGGAACAAGAAGCUUUUUUCCAACCUCCCCAUCGCAUUGCUGGGGUCACCGUGCUCCCCUCAACCCCACAUCUAUAGGGCCAGCCCUCCUCAGGUGCUGGCAUCGCAUGGUCUGGAUAGGAGGGGCCCGCAGGAGCACCCCGUUACGUUUUGAGGUGCCCAGAGGAGCUGAGCCUUUGGUGCAGGAAUGGAGUGGGGUGGGCAGCCCCAUCUCUGAGGUAAAGGAAGAAUUGGGUUCCUCCACCACAGAGCGUGGGGUGGAAGCGCUGCUCCCACCCAGAGGACGAGGAGCAGAGUGGUGGAUGGGGAUCGGGGCCACCAUGGCUUGGUGGGAACAAGAGAUGUGUCUGCAGCACACGGCUCUGUCACUCCAUCAGCUGAGCGCCGGGUGCCUCGGAGGGGGAUGCACAAAGCCUUGGUUACCCCCUGGUGAGGAAAAACCUGUGGGUUCCUCACUGCCAUUCCUCCCCUUCCGUCUCCUUGGAGGAGGACGUUGGCCAUGGGUCCCAACAGGAGGAGGGUGUUGGUCACGGGUCCCAAGGGGAGAAGGAUGUUGGCCAUGGGUACCAAUGGGAGGACGUUGGUCAUGGUCUCCAUGGAAGGACGUUGGUCAUGGGUCCCAAUGGGAGAAGGAUGUUGGCUGUGGGUCCCAAUGGGAGGAUGUUGGUCAUGGGUCCCAUGGGAGGAUGUUGGUCAUGGUCCCAAUAGGAGAAGGAUGUUGGCCAUGGGUCCCAAUGGGAGGACGUUGGUCAUGGUCCCCAUGGAAGGAGGAUGCUGGCCAUGGUCCCCAUGGAAGGAGGAUGCUGGCCAUGGUCCCAGCGUUGUCACCAGAGGUCACGCUGCCGACACGCUGCCGUUCACUUCACUGCACACACAGAGCACGCACAGCACGUGGGUUUCUCCGAAGGUUUUCCCCAUCCACUCUCGCUAGGCUCAAUUCCUUCCAACGAAACGCGGCGCCGUGUUUUUAAGUACGGUUUCAUCUCACUGCACGUCACCACGGUUUCGGAUCGGAGCGCAGGAGAUGUCCUGAAGGUCCGGGAGGGAUUUGGGUCCCCGGAAAAAGGGCUGUGGGGAUUUUGGGUCAGGACUCGGCCAUGGAGCGGUGGGGCCGUGGUUGGACAGCCCCCAACGUGAGGGGUGGCAAUGGGGACACAGCUGGGGACACGGCGUCCUGCAGGAGGUGACACUGGGACUGUGCCCCUCACUGCUGGCACCCAGUGGAGCUUUGCAGUGUCACCACAUCCCCGGUGUCCCCUCCCGAAGCACGAGGGCUGCAUUGGCCCCAUGGCCACCAGAGCACCGGGACGGGGACGCGGGGCACUGAACUCUCAAUAGACCACGAAAGCCAUAUUAGCGCGGAGCUCUGAGCGCCGUGGGGCGGCCGUGGGGCGGAGGACGGGCUGUGUUGUUGUGCUGUGUUCUUGUAUGUACAUAAAGGGAGACAACGAACGUCGGUGUUACUUUAUAACCUUUCUAAUAUCCUGUGCUAAUCUCGGAGAAAUAAUCCUAUGAAAUAUAUCUGGAUUACACACCUUCA